CGGCUGACAGCCCAAACCAGCAUCCCUGCUAAGAUCUAACAGCACCUAAAAAAAAUGACAUUUUGCUUCUAAUUAUGAAAGGUGAAAGGUGAAUUAAAUGUAACAGCUUAGCAAGUCCUAGCAAGGACGAGGUUUCUAACAGGGUGCAGCAGCUAGGAGGAGUGUUUUUUCUUUUUAAUGGUCUUUCUUCAGCUGGAUUCUCUGACUGCAUGGCAAUACUGAACACAGGACUGCGAGACAGCACAGCACUGGGCAAGACUUGGGAAUGACAUGGCAGUCUGUAAACAAAUGUCUUGGCAAGAGACCACUCUUAGUUACACGUUGUAAUGAAGCAUGACAAAUAGGAAAUGUGUACUAGGAAGAGAGGGGAUUCCUCAGGGAGAUAUUGAAGCAACUGAAAAGAGAGCUAUUCUCUAAACUCCAGCAGAAAGCAGGAGUACAUACCAAGGGGAACUACUAAGAACUGACUUUGAACAGCAUGGCACUUUACCUGUUUAAAGCUUUACUUCUCUUUGGAAUUCACAUGUCUGGGUCUCUGACAAUUGACACAAGACAACCAAGGCUACGCUUGUCUUAUAAAGAGCUUUUGGAUUUAAACAGAACGUCAGUCUUCCAAAACCCCCAUGGUGUUCUUGACCUUUGUACUAUGUAUUUGGAUGAAUAUCAAGAAAGACUAUUUGUGGGAGGCAAAGAUUUUGUAUAUUCACUCAGCUUGGAAAACAUCAGUGAAAAACAUAAAGAGAUACACUGGCCCACUACAGACCAACAAGUUGAAGACUGCUACAGAAAAGGAAGGGAACAGACAGAAUGUGCAAAUUUUGUCCGUAUUCUUCAGCACUAUAAUCGAACCCAUCUUUUGGCUUGUGGCACUGGAUCAUUUGAUCCAGUUUGUAUUUUUAUAAGAGUUGGACUGAGGUCACAGGAACAUAUUUUCCAUUAUGAAAGUCAAAGACCUGAGAGAGGACGUGGCAGAUGUCCUUUUGACCCAGAUUCUUCUGUUACAUCAAUAAUGACAGGUGGUGAAUUAUUUGUUGGUUUGUACAAUGACUUCUGGGGAAGAGAUGCCACUUUAUUUAGGAGCAUGGGACAUCUACCACACAUUCGAACAGAGCAUGAUGAUGAUCGAAUCUUAAAAGAACCAAAGUUUGUAGGCUCCUAUAUGAUUCCAGACAAUGAGGACACAGAUGACAACAAAAUAUACUUUUUUUACACUGAAAAGGCAAUCGAAGGAGACAAUGGUGGCCAAGCUAUUUAUUCUAGGGUGGGAAGGGUCUGUGCUAAUGACAUUGGAGGCCAGCGAAUGAUGGUAAAUAAAUGGACCACAUUUCUUAAAUCAAGACUGGUUUGCUCAGUGCCCGGACCACAUGGGAUUGACACACACUUUGAUGAAUUAGAGGAUGUUUUCUUGAUGCACACCAGAGAUGGUAAAAACCCUGAAGUAUUUGCUCUGUUCAGUACCACAAGUAAUAUUUUUAAAGGCUAUGCUGUUUGUGUUUACCACAUGGCUAGUAUACGUGAAGCAUUUAAUGGUCCGUAUGCCCACAAGGAAGGACCAGAGUAUCAUUGGUCAAUGUAUGAAGGCAGAGUACCUUAUCCAAGGCCUGGCUCAUGUGCAAGCAAGGUAAAUGGAGGUCAUUAUGGGACUACCAAGGAUUAUCCAGAUGAGGCUUUACGCUUUGCUAGGAGUCACCCUCUGAUGUAUGAGAUCAUUAAGCCUGUCUAUAAAAGGCCUAUUCUUGUGAAGGUUGAUGGAAAAUACAACUUAAAACAGAUUGCUGUAGACAGAGUGGAGGCAGAGGAUGGUCAAUAUCAUGUUAUGUUUCUAGGAACAGAUAAUGGAAUUGUGCUAAAAGUUAUUACCAUCUACAAUCAGGAAAAAGAAACUAUGGAAGAAGUUAUCCUUGAAGAACUUCGAAUGUUUAAGAAUCCUGAACCUAUAACUGCAAUGGAAAUUUCAGCUAAAAGGCAACAGCUGUAUGUUGGAUCUAAAUUUAAUAUAGCUCAAGUAAAGCUCCACCAUUGUGAGAUGUAUGGCACAGCAUGUGCAGACUGUUGUCUGGCUCGUGACCCGUAUUGUGCAUGGGAUGGAAUGUCCUGCUCCAGGUAUUAUCCCCUAGGUACACAUUCAAAAAGACGUUUCAGAAGACAGGAUGUUCGACACGGCAAUGCAGCUCAGCAGUGUUCAGGUCAACAGUUUAAUGGAGAAUCUUUGACAAAGACUGAGGAGUACACAGUAUACGGUGUCGAGCAUAACACUACCUUAUUAGAAUGCAUGCCACGUUCAUUGCAGUCUAAAGUCAUCUGGUUUGUACAGAAAGCACAUGAGACAAAGAAAGAGGAGGUGAAAACAGGUGAACGGGUAAUAUUAACAGAUUAUGGGCUUCUGUUUCUAAAGCUCCAUAGAACAGAUGCCGGUGUGUAUUUUUGCCAAACUAUUGAGCAUAGUUUUGUUCAUGUAAUCCGAAAAAUGAGUCUCGAAGUUGUGGAGGAAGAACGUGUGGAAGAAAUGUUUAACAAAGAGGAAGAUGAAGAUCCAGUAAUCCAAAAAAUGCCUUGUCCUGUGCAGUCCAGCAUUCCUCAACCCUCUAAACCAUGGUACAAAGAGUUCUUGCAGCUCAUUGGAUACAGCAAUUUUCACAAAGUUGAGGAAUAUUGUGAAAAAGUAUGGUGUACUGAUAAAAGAAGAAAAAAGCUAAAAACUCCUUCAAACAAAUGGAAAUAUGUCCAGCAACAAGAACGGCGAUCACGUGGAAAAGCAGAUAAUCAUCGCAUGCCACGGAGCAUAUUGGGACCAUAACCUUUGCAU